GGGAGCCAGUGAGUACAGGAUCCGGGCCUUGUAGUUUUGCCGCCGGGACUCUCCUCAUCCGCUUUCAAAAAAUCGCAAAUUAGCGCCUUUAAAGGCCCAAAUGAACGAGCCUGGGGUCACGAUCGCGCGGGUCCACACCGGAAUGGGUGGAAUCAUGCCAGCAUGAGUGGGCCUUACGCAGGCCCUGGUCGGGAGACUCCGCAGUCUGGCUGCUGCCCUUUGACCUCUGGUUGUGACCAGUCGUCCCUCUUCAGGCAGUAUGACCACAGGAUCGGCUUGAGCAUGUCUGCCACAGCCUCCUCCCUCAAGCAUGCGUCUGUUUAUGGGUUCACACAGAGGGAUCACUCUGCCACCACCUCUUCUUACAGUCCUCUCAGGAAGCUGCAGCAUCUCACCACGAUGGUGAGCCAGCCGGACCUGUUCCUGCCCCUGAGGGAGGGGAAGGAACAAGAGAGGAGCUGGGAAUGGGGGGUAAAUAAGAAGGUCAUGGGGCCGGAGAUGGCGCGGGACUCCUGGGCCGAUUGCACGACCAGGGAAUAUUCUUGCACCCAGAAUACAAACAGCUUUGACAGCCCUUCUGUUGUGCAAAAACAACAUGAGGUCAAAACUGGAAGUGGAGAUGUUCCAGAAGUCAGACGGUGUAACCCUGUUGUCCCAGAGAAAAAGACAGAAGGUUGCUUCUCAGGCCCGCCGAGCCCGGCCUUCUCCCUUGACAGCAACAGCCCCUUUGCUAAUGGCCUCCUUCACUUCGAGUCCUCUUUGUUUGAGGACGAUGAGAACAAUUGCAACACUGAAGCACAGGAGACCACCUCACCAAUGGCAGGUUUGAUGGAUAAGCAUGAAAGGGAAGAGGAUGUUAUUCAGUCCAUUUCUGGAGUCUUGCAUUCAGAUUCCAAGGAUGCUGCCCCGUCCUCGGCAAAGGUCGUCACCCGGUCCCAGUCCUCUGGUCAGCGCAGGAGAUACUGGGAUGGCUCGGAUGAUGAGUGGGAGAGCGACACAGAGCUCUUCCUGUUUGGGGAUAGUCCCUCAAGAUAUCUGAUGAACAGCUUCAAGAAAAGUUCUUUACCACCUGUGAAGUUUUUAGAGGGUGACGUCAUCUGGGCAAAGUUCAGUCGGAGACCAUGGUGGCCUUGUGAGGUGAUCGUUGACCCUUUGCAGGGAGUCUACCACAAAGUGAAAGAACCCAGUGACCGGCCUUGUCGGCUCUACCAUGUCAGGACAUUGGGGGAGCCAGUGGAACUGGCCUGGGUGGAAGGGAAGGCUACCCACAUUUUCCAAGGCAGCUUUGAGUUUGAACGACUCCCCCUGCUACGACGCAGAGGGAAGCAAAGGGAGCAGAACAGCAAGUACACUAUUGCAAAGCGUUUUCAGGAGUCUUGGAAAUCCAGUGUGGCAGAGGCAGAGUCCAUUCUCCAAGAAAGAGCCAAAAUGGCUUCUUCCAUUUCUGCCUUCAUAGAUAACGCCUUCCAUGUUGGCUCCACAACGGAAAAAGAAAACAAUGUCCAUCUCACCUUUCCUCCCUGCACUUCUCCUGUAUCUGCCUCUCUUGAAACAUCGCACAUGACCAAUGGAUCUGUUUCAUCCCUGAUAACUCCAACAAAACCAAGCACUUUAAAGAAACCUUCUGGGAAGAAGAAACCAAGUAAAUCCUCAAAGGACCCUAGCCGUAAACACUCUAAAAAAACAUUGCACAAAGGUUUAGACCAAUCACAGAAAGAUACUGAAGAGUGCCCAUAUUCUGACCUUGAUUCAGUCCCUAAGAUUUUGUGUCCCAAAGCACUUGAACGUCAGCCCAAACUUAUCCAGACUCAGCCGACAGCCCAAGCUGUCAAAGAGGUAAAGAGGCAGCCAGAAACACAGAGUGGUCUGUGGUUCAGCAAAUCAGGCAAAGACAGGCGACCAAAAACAACCAGUCCAAUGCCAGACCGUACACUUUUUAGUAAGGUGCCCUCUAAGAAAAAGAACACAUCGUUUGUCAGUAAAAAGAGCCUCAUUUCUAGUGCCUGCUCCACCUUUAGUGCAGCUACUGGGGUCAAAGACCAGUCCAGAUCAUCAGACAAACCAAAUUCACCACUUGAGCACUUGGUACAAUUAAACAGCAAAAACAAUCUGGCUGUUAAUGGGCCUUUAAUUAAUUCUGGCAGUCUGGUAGACCAAUCAGAACUGUCUGACAAGCCUAAGUCCCCGGACUCUAUUGAGACUGAUUCGUGUGGAUAUUUAAAGGGCAGAUAUACUCCAGUUAGUGAUAUAACAGAGACCGUGAAUGGCACGCUGUGUGAUCAGUUAGGUAGCCUGAAUGUCAAGAAGACCUCAGAGUCCAGUUUCAGGAUCAGUUUUGAUGACCAGUCCAGGAUUCCACAGAGUGCAAAGAACAUCUGUCAAACAGAACAUUCUGGCAUGGUAGUCAAUAAAAAGGUGGGGAUUCCUGAGCAAACAGAAAAAAGCAACAAGACCCCAAGCUCCAGUUUCAGUGUUAGCACUAAUGACCUCUUCUCUAACAUGUGCAACCAGCCUUUUGUCAAAUUAAUACGAAAUGACCUAAAGGGUAGGAUGAUCCAAAACUCCAGUUCAACCAUUGUUCUAACUGACCAAUGUGCAUGGACAGGAGGUGAAAAGGGUUCUGACACUAACGUGAGUAAAGUUCCCCCAAAACAAUCAGACUCAACAGAAGGUAUGGUUGGCGUCUCAAUAAAGCAGCCUGACACUUCAGAAACAAAAGUGGUCUCAGAAAAGUUAAAAACUAGUAGUAAAAAUGGUAGGACUAGUAUUUGUAAUAACUCACUGGAGUCAUUACAGAAGGAAAUUGUCAAAGUCUCCAAUACAGAAAGCACGACUGACGAUGAGUUAAGCAACCUGGAAAAAGAAAGUUUGCCGCUGUCAGAUGUAAACCCAGCCACAGUUGCGUUCUCUUCAUCUAGCCAAUCAGAAUGUUCAGAUGAUAAUCCCAUGCCUAUUUCCAACCUAAUUAGCAUAACCUCGGACCAGGUGUGGGACUCACAGGAAAAAACAGCAAACCUCCCUCACACUAGUCACAAUACAUCUCCUGUGCAGCCGCGCAGGAAUUCACCACCGAAGAAUGCUCAUGUACCCACUGUUCCUGAAGCUCAGACAUCUGAAAAUGUCAAGAAAGCUGCUCAUGAAUUACCAGAAAGUCCAGAGGAAUUGAAUAAAGUUGUGCUCGAACAGCCUUCCCACCUCCCUGCUAGUAGUCAACUGAUGACCAGAGCUUUUGAGACUAUGCAGGAGGUUGAACAGAAGAGGCAUCAAAAAGCUCUCAAGGUUGCUAAGCAUAAAAAACUGUUGAAUCCUUCGAGAAAAACAAAGGGCACUGUGUGUGACUCUGCAGAGAGUCACACUUCAAAUCCAGCCACCAAACUGGACUGUUGUACUAAAAUCAAAUGUCCAAAAGCUGAUAUUUGUAAGAGUGUCGACAAUGAUCAGGACACUGUUUCCAGCUGUAGCACUCCCCCAUUGUUGUCAGUAAAUUGUGAGUCAAAUGUCUUUGAAAGUGACGUCAAGAGUGAAGAUGAAGACUUAUCAAUUUCAACAACGCCACCAAUGGACUUCCUACCCCUCACAUCUAAAGUAAAACCUAAGAAAGAAGCUCAAUCCUCUAACGUAUGUUCCUUAUCCUCACCUUCUUCACCUUUUUCAUUUAUUCAUGACUUUAAAAACAUGGAGGAGAUUUCUUUACAGUCCGUUUCAAAUGAACUUGAUGGGAAGCCUGUGCCAUUCAGAACAGACAAAAAUUACAAAUUCAGCACAUUUCUCAUGAUGCUGAAAGACUUGCAUGACACCAGAGAGCGGGAGGGGUCCCCUUUAGAACUGGAGAUUGGGCCCCCGAGUGCCCAUGUCAAAGAGGAGCCUUUAGUGAUGCCCAAGGAGGCUGCCUCUGCAGCUCAUAGUGAAAAGGUUAAUGAGAAAUCCAGUUCAUUUCCAAAAAUUGAAAUUUCACACACUGCAAGGCGCAGAGUUCAGUUGUCCAAGAGGCCCUACAACAGGAAGACUUCCUCUACCGGGUCAAGAAAGAAAACCAACUGCAAAGUGCCUUCUUGUCGUACCCGGUCUGGACCUGGUUUCCCAGGAAUUACUUAUUCGACGGAAAAGAAUUCCUCAACACAAGCCCAGGUCUUUAUGGAUGUGCAGGACAACACCUGGGAAAGACAAGGUGGAUGUGAUGAAGACGGCCUUGGGGGUGAAGUGGAAAGGUUUAAUGGCACAACAGAGAAUUCACAGAAGAUGGUGCUUUUGGAGCAGAAGGGCUCCGACACUAUGCUGUCCUCUGAAGAAAUCGCGUGUCUGGAACGGACAAAACCCCUCGUUGUAGAUUUGACUGAUGCAAACAUAAGCUUUGUACACCACGCCGGAGGAGGCAAAGAGGCACCAACAGUAAAUAAACGAAUCCGAAAACCGAGCAAGAGGCUAAUCGAGUGGACUGAAGAGUAUGAUCAGAUGUUCUCAACAAGGAAGAAAAGCAAAAGGCCUCUCCAGCCGAUUGGACAGGUUCCUCAGUCCAUCAUGCCCACAUCAGAUCUGCCAGAACCAGAAAACAGUGUGCAUGACCAUACAUCUUUGAACUUGCUCCCUGAAAUACAGACACCACCUCCUGAUGACAUCACUGAAACAAUAAAGCCCUCUGAACUACAAAUUUCCACCACUGAGAACACAACUUCCCAGGAUGCACCAGUGCUUUCCAUUGAUACUCUAACCCCUCCCCCUGAAGUUGAACCUUUGCUGUCAGAAGGCCUUGUGAAAGACAGUGGAAACGUUCCUCUGCUGGGAAGGAAGCGGAAGAGGAAACCCACCCAGAAGAUUUUGGAGUACUGUCUGGAGUCAGAAGCCUCAACAGGGACGAAAAAGAAGGUCAAAACCUUGAAGACCAGCUCAAAUCCUGCUGCUCAACAGUCAGAUCCUGGACCUCCAUCUUUGAAGUCAAAGAAUAAGCUGUCAACAGCAGUCACGUCAGCAACAACUGUUCUGGAGGAAUCUACCUGUACACCGACACCCUCAACUGAAACCUCAUCUGACACGCCUUCGCCAGGCCCACCCAACCUCGAGCGGGAAGAACCGAUCUCUGGACAUGACGCUGGUCCUCAGUCGGAGGACUGUGAAGCUCCGGAAGUGGUGAAUGACACAGCAGAGUCAGAGGAUGAUCCAUGCUGCAGUUUGGAUAACAGCUUUUCCUCUAUGAAGGAUGAAUUGUUACUGUGCGAUGAGCCCCUUGUUCCAUCGAGGAAGAUCAUAGGUGAUCGAGGAGGCCCUGCCUCCAUGAAGGAGAACAUAUGCCAGGUGUGUGAGAAGACGGGCGAGCUGCUGCUGUGUGAGGGUCAGUGCUGUGGGCCUUCCACCCUGCCCUGCAUCUCUCUGGCUGAAGCCACCAAAGGAAAGUUUGUCUGUCCUGAGUGCAACUCAGGUGUUCACACCUGCUUUGUGUGCAAAAAGCGCAGUGAGGACGUGCGACGCUGCAUGAUUCCUGUGUGUGGGAAGUUUUACCAUGGCGAGUGUAUAGCCAGCUACGCCCCCACUGCACCACUGAACCGAGGCUUUCGUUGUUCUCUCCACGUCUGUCUGACCUGCUUCAUCUCCAGCCCCAACAGCCCGUCCAUUUCUAAAGGUCGUCUGGUAAGGUGUGUGCGUUGCCCGGUGUCCUACCACGCUACAGACGUCUGCAUGGCAGCAGGCAGCGUUGUCCUCUCCAACAACAGCAUCAUUUGUCCAAACCACUUCACGCCUCGACGUGGUGUCAGAAACCAUGAACACGUCAAUGUCAGCUGGUGCUUUGUCUGCACUGAAGGGGGCAGUCUGCUGUGCUGCGAGUCCUGUCCCGCCGCAUUUCACAGGGAGUGUCUGAAUAUGGAGAUGCCCAAAGGCAGCUGGUACUGCAACGACUGCAAAGCUGGCAAGAAACCGCGGUUUAAGGACAUCCUGUGGGUGAAGGUUGGCCGGUACAGGUGGUGGCCAGCAGAGGUCAGUCAUCCGAAAACAAUCCCAGACAACAUCCAGCGGAUGAGGCACGACGUGGGUGAGUUUCCCGUUCACUUCUUUGGCUCCAAUGAUUACCUUUGGACCUACCAGGCCAGGGUCUUCCCUUAUAUGGACGUGGAUGCCAACAGCAAAGAGAAGAUGGGAAAAGGAGUUGAUGCCACUUAUAAGAAAGCUUUGGAGGAAGCAGCUGUGAGAUUUCGAGAGCUACAGGUGGAGAAAGAGCUACGGCAGCUUCAAGAGGACAAGAAGAACGACAGGAAGCCGCCACCGUAUAAACACAUUAAGGUAAAUAGACCAAUAGGAAAGGUGCAGAUCUUCACCGCGGACCUGUCAGAGAUCCCGCGCUGUAACUGUAAGGCAACAGAUGAGAGUCCGUGUGGAAUGGAUUCAGAGUGCAUCAACCGUAUGUUGCUGUACGAAUGCCACCCACAGGUUUGUCCAGCCGGUGAGCACUGUCUCAACCAGGCCUUUACUAAACGCCAGUACAGUCAGGUGGAGAUCUUCAGGACCCUGUCCAGAGGAUGGGGGCUCCGCUGUGUCCACGACAUUAAGAAGGGUCAGUUUGUGAGUGAGUACGUAGGUGAGAUGAUUGACGAGGAGGAGUGCAGAUCGCGGAUCAGACACGCCCAGGAGAACGACAUCUGUAACUUCUACAUGCUAACUCUGGACAAGGAUCGGAUCAUCGAUGCCGGACCAAAGGGGAAUGAAGCUCGCUUCAUGAACCACUGCUGCCAACCAAACUGUGAGACCCAGAAGUGGACAGUCAGCGGAGACACUCGUGUGGGACUCUUUGCUCUCGUAGAUGUCACUGCAGGCACGGAGCUGACCUUCAACUACAACCUGGAGUGUUGGGUACGGGAAGACGCUGUCUGUAAAUGUGGAGCACCAAACUGCAGCGGUUUUCUGGGUGUCAGGCCAAAGAACAACCCUCCGUCUGAUGACAAAGGUCGCAAACUGAAGAGGAGGGGUCAUCACAAAAGGAAGAAGAAGGUGGUGGUGACCAAAGAGAGGGAGGACGAGUGUUUCAGCUGUGGAGACGGAGGACAGAUGGUUUCCUGUAAGAGACCUGGCUGCCCCAAAGUUUACCACGCUGACUGUCUCAACCUCACCAAGAGGCCAGCAGGUCGCUGGGAAUGUCCGUGGCAUCAGUGUGACGUCUGUGGCAAAGAGGCGGCAUCCUUCUGCGAGAUGUGUCCGAGUUCUUACUGCAGUCAGCACCGUGACGGUCUGCUCUUCAUCUCCAAGCUGGAUGGCAAACUUUGCUGCAGCGAACACGACCCCUGUGGGCCUGACCCACUGGAGCCGGGGGAGAUCCGAGAGUACAAGCCUGAACCCAGAGCUCUGACCUCCGGGCUGGGCAUGGCCAUCAUCACCUCCACCUCUCCCAACACAACCACAGCCCUGAACCCAACCUCCAGCAGGGACCAGGAGAUCAGCAGCCCUUCUGGAAUUUGCUCUGCUGAGUCAUUUCCUGCCUUUUCUAUCCCAGUACCAAUCACUAUUCCUGUACCUGCCGCGUCACCUCCCCCCAGCAGCUCCGACGCUCCCAGCAGUCCUCAGAUGUUUGACCUGCCACACUACUCGCCCAUCUCCUCAUAUGAGGAGGAAAGGGAUGUGUUGGAGGAUGAAGAGGACGACGUGGAGGAGCUGCUGGCAGAAGUGGAGGAAGAAUUAGUGGAAGAGGGCGGCGUAGGGCGGCAGAAAUCAGACACUCAUGAGGACGAUGGAGACACCCUGCUGGAGGAUGUGGGCCUGGAAUACCUGGAGUUCAAAGAGGAUGAUGAUGAUGAUGAUGAUGAUGGUGAUGAUGAUGAAGAAGAGGAGGAAGAGGAAGAGGAGGACUGAUGCACAUUGGACCCUCACAGAACACGAACAGCUGGAUC